AUCACAUCUGCCCCUAUACAGUGCGGAUUCGACUGUCCCUCUACCGUCCUCCUCCAUCAUCGAGAUACAUUCUCGGGUGUAUGGGCACAACCGCACGUUACAAUGGUCAUCUACUUGUUGGGGUGCAUCUUGCUCGUCAUUGUUCCCAUACUCCUGGAACAGUAUCCACGUUACCUCAAAAGAGUGUCGUCUCAUUCGCAAUCAUCUUCUUCCUCGUCCUCCUUGCCCACACCCAAUCCUUCGCAAUCGCAAGAUGCCAUCGCAUAUCCAAAAUUCGAACCUAGCCUCGAUGGAGUAGACGAAAAGGCGAUUGAAUUAGCGCCGUUAGUGAAACCCGUUCAGAAAGCAAGGGAAUCGAGGAAACCGUGGGAACCGCCGUUUCCUAAAGCGCCGUUCCCACAUACAGAGGCGAGCUCGGCGACCAUUGCGGAGUCAACGCGGAAUACUAUUUCGCAGAGGGUUGAUGACAGGGGUCGUGACAGUGAUCAAGUGGCGGCGGGCGGUAUGCCGACCCAAGGAAAUACGGAUAUUCCACCAAACGAUGGAACUUCUACUGGUAUCCUUCCUGGUUCCGUCAGCCACAGAAUCACUUCUUUGGAAGCCAACCCUUCACCGCCUCCUAUAUCGUAUCGAGAGUAUGACGGUCGAUCCCACCCGUCUGCGCUCAAAAUCUUCAUCUUUGUACUCGUGUUCACGGUCUUUCUCGCACUAUUCGCUCUCAUGAUCGCGCACUCUCUAGCUGUGUUUCUUGUGUAUAAAGCGGAGUCGAGGCUGGGGGAUGUCAGGAAGGGCUUGUUGAAAGGCGGAGGUGGAGACAUGCGUCUUUGUCUCUGUGCAAAGAAUUGA